GAAAGCAUGCUGUUAACAUGUUUCUCACAGUGUUUUAAACCCUAAAAAGGUAAAGAGAAGUGUUUAUAACUAAUAAAAUACAUUGUAGUGCAUAAUCUUCCUGUCUGUAAUGCUGAUACAGGAUAUGACUCUCUUUAUUUUUGUGGUAAGUGACAUUCUGGUCUUCAUCUUCUCUGUGAUCAUUGCCUCAUAUUUCUGUGACUGCUUCAGGACAAAGACCUGACAUGGUCAGUUAUAUGAACACAGAUGUGCCUUACGUGACUGUCAGCAAUUUUAUUCUUCUGUGCUAACAAAGCCCUUCUGCACUUCCAUCAAACUAUGAUCCUGUCUCAUUACCUCCACCAAACUACAAUCAAGUCUCAACUGCACCUCCACCAAAAUAUAAUACAGUCUCCAGUGCACCUCCACCAAAUACAGUAUGUCCAGGAUAAUUUGCACCAACACCAAACUAUGUGGUAAUUAAGGUAAAUUUUGAGUAACCAGAAGAAAUCAUAGAAUUCAGAUGUAGAAUAUACUGUAAAUCACCUUACAUUUAAUGCUUUCUGUUCAUUACAGACCUUGAUCAAACCAGUGAUGUCUGUCAUGAGAAAAUUAUGCCCCCAAAACUAUUUGUAUCUUCGUUUCAAUUGCAUGGCAUAAAACUAACAAAAAGCUGCAAUGUGUUUUACAGCUCUGACCCACUGUGAGCUGCUAUUGAAUUAUGAGCAAUGUUCAGAGCCAUCUGUACCUUCUGUUCCAGAGUCGAAGACUGGACAACCAGAUGAUGAACCAGAUCUCAGCCAAGAAAUAUAGUUUCUAUACCCUUGAAUAGAAAUAGAGCUUUUACUCCCUAUACAACAGUUAUUUCCAGUCAACUUAUUUGAUUGAUCAAAGGGUAUUCAAAGAAGAGUGCUUUGCUUAUAUAAUGUAAAACAGCACUGAAAUGUUGCACUGUUUGACCCAUAAGUCUGCUUGUCUCUGUUCUACAUAGAAGUCCAUUGCUUGAUUCUGCUUUGGCUUAUUUUGGAACUAUUUUCAUUGGCAGAGCAAACGUAAACAAAAACAAAAUAUUAACAAAAUAGCUUUUCAUUUUGUGUUUGAAAUGUCUGCUUCUUGAAUAUUAACUUCUUGUGUAGAACUGUUAUUUAUAAGCAAUAACCCAAUCAUAUUUAAAACAGUUGCAUAUUUUAAACAUUUAUUGAUGCUGUGAUGCUGUAGGCUUCCAUUAUAAGUUCAUUACUGUGCAUACUGUACUUUUGUUUCUAAUAAUCAAAUAUGUUGUGUUUUAGUUUGACAUUUAUGACAUUUUCGAGAGAAAAGAUAAAAGUUAUCACUGCAUACUGGAAUAGGCUACUCAUCCCAAACAUUUUCUAUGCAUAUUUCUCUUACCCUGAGGAGGUUGUCUUCCUGUGAUUGUGUUGCUGAUGGUGGAGUCUCAUAAACUUCUUCUGACCUAACAAAAAACCCAGCCAGAGAAAAAUAAACAAAUGGAUGAAAGAGAAAAUGAAAUUAAAAGAUCUAAUACAAGUGCAACAUCAACAUCAAGAUGGCAAGAUGCCACCUACAUGGGAAGUCCACGUUCCUAAAGAUAAGGCCAAAGAUAUUUGGGGUUAUGGAAAUGUUGAUAGGUUUUGUGGCUAUUUUCUUAUCAGUCGUCAGUGGUUUUUCAAUUUUAACUGGAGCUGUAACGCUUUCAGCUGCUUGCAUACGUAACAAGUGUCUGGUGAGAACCUCUCAAAUAAUGAACUAUCUCAGUGCAAUAACAACUGCUAUUUCGCUCCCUGUUCACUGUCAACAUGAGGGUGUGACUCUCUAUAUCCUUGUGAUCUGCGAUGGUCUGGUCUUCAUUCUCUCUGUGAUUGUCGCUUCAACUGCCUGCCGUUGUCACUGCUACAGACCAAGAAAACACACUCAUCGAGAGUUAAGACUGGCUCGCAGGCAAGACCAUGAAGAGAUCAGUCACAUAAACAUCUCUGGGCCUCCCGUGACUGUCAACAAUUAUAUAUUUUUGGCCCAACCAAACACUGCUGCAAUUCCAACAGUUUUUUGUUCAGUCCAGGACAUGCUGCCACCAGCACACGGUCCAGCCUCUACUAGAAUAUGAGACCUGACAACUGGAGGAAAUAAGACGAAGCAGAUAUCAACCCAAACCCAAAAUUGGUAUAUGUCUCAUCACUGUCAUGACUGCUAUGUUGCUCGGAACUGCACACAAGACUUUCACCUACUGUUGCACUUUUGUAUAUGGUCGUGUGACAAUAAAAGUGAUUUG